CAGUGCAGACGAUACAUUUGUUUACAUGUGGAGUCGGUGAGGCUGCGAGGGUGCGUGAGUGUCGGUGUGGUGUUGAAAAGUCGUGUUUUCGUUGUAUAUUCGAUAUGUACGCCUUGAGUAGAAGUGCGAACAGACUCGUGAGGGGAUGUAGGACACGUGGGAAGCAGUUUAAUCUCCGGUCAUGGCGUUACAUAUGGCCGGAGACGAGGAAAUGUUUGUCUACCAGCGGGUCUAAAUUUUCUGACUGGGAGGAUAAACCUGGCGGCGGUCCGUACCGUUCACACGAGGAUAACCCAGUGAGAAGGACGUUUAACAUUCUAAGUGAUGAUGUCAAAGGUUAUUUUGGACUUAGUGGGAAAACUCAGCCAUCGGAUCCUUCUGAUGCGCCGAAGAACACCGAAGAAAAAAAUCACAAGUCAAAAGAUGCUGAAAAAAUCUGGCCAUCCUUUUGCGAUGUAUUGGUGAUUGGAGGAGGAGCUGUGGGAUCGUCUGUUGCGUAUCACUUGAAAGAAAGAGCUCUGAGAGGGUUGAAUGUGGUUGUCGUUGAGGAAGAUUCUACGUAUAAAAGGGCCUCGACAGUGUUAUCAGUGGGUGGCAUUCGUCAGCAGUUCAGUGUCCCAGAGAACAUACAGCUUUCCUCUCGAUAUGGCAAUGAGACUUCUUGCGGAGGUCACCUGAACUCUUUGGCCGGUGGAGGGAUAGGAUGCCUCCUGAUGUACGAGUGGCCGUAUUUCUUUACUAUUAGAUUUCUGCAGAGAAGAGGUUUGACCCCAUGGAAUUUCUUGUGUUCUCUAAGAAGAAAGGCAGUGUCUUUAGGAACUGAAUAUGUUAAUGGGAAAAUUACUCUCCCAGAUGGUGAAAAGCGAAACAUCAGGUUUUCAAUAUGUGUGGUGGCCGCUGGAGCAUGGUCAGGCGAAGUUGGCCGAUUGGUUGGCAUUGGAAAAGGAACAGGAAUCAUGGGUGUCCCAAUACCUGUUGAACCUAGAAAGCGUUACGUGUAUUGUGUGCAUGCUCCAGAUGGCCCAGGGUUAGACAGCCCGCUACUUAUUGACCCAAAUGGAACAUACUUCCGAAGAGAAGGGUUGGGAGGCUUAUACCUUUGUGGCCAGUCACCCACAGAUGAAUGUGAACCCUCUAUCGAGAACUUGGAUGUGGAUUACGACUUUUUUGAGUCAAAUGUUUGGCCAACUAUUGCUAACAGAGUACCUUCAUUUGAAAACUUGAAGCUACAAAGUUCUUGGGCAGGAUACUAUGACUACAACACCUUUGAUCAGAAUGGUAUAAUUGGACUCCACCCAAUCUUUACAAAUAUGUUCAUUGCUACCGGAUUUAGUGGACAUGGUAUACAGCAAGCUGCAGGCGUCGGUCGAGCAGUGAUGGAAAGUAUCCUACAUGGGGAGUACCAGACCAUUAACUUGGAGAGGUUUGGGUUUGAGCGAGUCCUAACCAAUGAGCCCCUUUAUGAGCAAAAUAUUGUUUGACACUACGACAAUCAUAGGGAUAUUAGGAGGACGAAAGCCAUUAGCUGAUUUCUGUAAAGUAAACAUGUCUGACUGAUAAUUUUGUAGAAAGAGGUUGAAAUGAAGUAUAAUGAAAACUGCCAAUUUUAUGCAAUUGUAAUGUUUUCAUAAGAUGAAUAAAUAUAUGAAAUUGUACAAAAUGCUGUAUCAUAUGUUUUGUACAUAUUUGUAGUUGAAAUUAGGGUGCAGAGAAAAGGAAUAAACAGUUUUCUAGUUUUAAACUUUCAGUAAUACUAAGUAUUUGUUAAAUGUUAAUGUCACUAUAUUGUUUUUUAUAAGUAUAGUUUCAGUAUUUUAUAAAUAUUGCCACUUUUGGCUCCCUUGCUUUUUUUAUAUAACUGGUAAUAUAUUGGCCUGUAAAUCUGUAUAAUUGUUAAUAAAGUUGUUAAGUUCUUUAUAUUAAAUUUAUUUUAACAA